GUAGCAUAAUAUACAAAAUCGAAAAAGAGAAGAGAAUAGAAACCCUAACUUAUUGAUCAAAGGGGAAAAUUUGCCAUAACUAUCGAUUCAUCUCGAUAAAUCACCAAAUCGAAAGGCUCUUUCACCAAAUCUAAGAAAAUGGGAAACGCUGAAAAAUUAAUGAAUCAGAUCAUGGAGCUGAAGUUCACAUCGAAGAGCCUUCAACGCCAAGCCCGAAAAUGUGAGAAGGACGAAAAAGCGGAGAAGCUCAAGGUGAAGAAGGCUAUUGAGAAAGGAAACAUGGACGGCGCUAGAAUUUACGCCGAAAACGCCAUCCGCAAGCGCAGCGAACAGAUGAACUAUCUUCGUCUCUCCUCUCGCCUUGACGCCGUUGUCGCUCGCCUCGAUACUCAGGCGAAGAUGGCAACUAUUAGCAAGUCAAUGUCAUCGAUCGUGAAAUCACUGGAGUCAUCUCUCAACACAGGGAAUUUACAGAAGAUGUCGGAGACGAUGGAUUCAUUUGAGCGUCAAUUUGUUAAUAUGGAGGUUCAAGCUGAGUUUAUGGAGAGUUCUAUGGCUGGAAGUACUUCCCUGUCAACUCCAGAGGACCAGGUCGGCAGCCUGAUGCAGCAGGUGGCUGAUGAUUAUGGGCUCGAGGUGUCUGUGGGGCUUCCACAACCAGCUGCCCAUGCUAUAUCUUCUAAGAAUGAGGAGAAAGUUAAUGAGGAUGAUCUGUCCAGACGUCUUGCUGAGCUCAAGGCGCGUGGGUAAUUGAGAAACUAAAAAUUCUUGUGUUAGUACAGAAGCUCGGGUAUUGAUGUAACAUGAUAUAGUAUGUGAAGUUUUAUUUGAUGCUCACUCAAAAUUGAACAGCUUUAAUGUACAUUUUAUUCUCCUGUGAUUGUGUAGUCAAUUUGCUUCUAUCUAACGAGCUUAUGACAUUUGUAUCUUUG